AUGAUAGCGUCUGCUCCAACAUGCUCUGAGGAGCUAUUCGAUUGCGAAAAGCCUUCAGAUUUCUGUGAUGACUCCUACGAUAAUCAAGACAGAAUGGAAAAACUUGAGAACUGCGUCAUGCAAGGAGAGACUCGCUUAUCAAGAAAUCGUGGAUGCUACCUAUGUGGUCUGGUUCGCGCUGAAGAUGAAAGUCGUUGGGGUUCCAUGAAUCAUCGGCAGAAUUUGGUGUUUAUGUCGUGUUUGAUCUCAUGCGGGAUUAUCAAAGCCGAAGUAGCUAAAGAAGUAUUCCACCGAAUAGGCUCCGGACGUAAACGACUAUGCAAAUUACAUUACAUACAGGCGGUGAGAUUUUGAAG